AUGACGAUGCUGCAGAUUUGGCUGUUGGAACUGUAUCUUGGCGAGCUUAACCAUUUGGAAGCUCAUGGAGAAAUUGUUGAGUUUUCGAAGAGUUUUGCUGAACUUCAGUACUUUUUAAGCGAACAACUUCUUGGAGAACGCAAUAUUUACCCGCUGAUCUACGACCUGUUUUUCAGUCAUGGCCGCCUGGACAUAUUUAUUUUCUUUGCCUCUCUCGCAAGGGAUUUUGAGAGUGUCGUUAGGCAUUACAUCACUCACGGACAGUACGUGGAGGCCUUGCAAGUCCUACUCAAAGCGAAAGACGAGGAGCUAUUCUACCAGCACAGCACAGCUUUGCUAAUUAACCAACCCAAAAAGACCAUUCGUGCCUGGAUAGAGACGGAUCAGCUGAACCCGCGACGCCUACUUCCAGCUCUUACUCAGUAUGCUGCGGCCUUUCCUGAUCUGCCAUGGGGCGAACAUUGCGGCCUGAAGUACUUGGAAUACUGCGUGCGGGAGUUGCGUGUAACGGAUGCGUCGGUUCAUGACUACCUUCUUUUUCUACUUGUGGGCACUAACGCUGAUGAAAAGCUUCUGCACUUUUUAAAAGAAUCGGGACAUUACGAUCAGCAACAAGCCCUUCGCCUUUGCAAAAAGAAGCACAAGCACCAUGCUUGUAUAUAUCUUUACAACCACUUGAACAUGCAUGAGGAAGCCUUAAAUCUUGCGCUGGCUAUCGAUAUUGACCUGGCCAUACACUCUGCGAGUCUGCCCGUGGAUAACAAGGAGUUAUCAAGGGCUCUUUGGCUUCGUAUAGCAGAACACCUUAUAAAAGAGGGCGAAUGGCCCAAAAGGGUUUUGCGGCUUCUUGAAGGAUCGUCUCCAUUGGUGCUUGAGGAUCUUAUUCCCCUAUUUCCAGAUUCUUGCAACAUUGAUCCAUUUAAAGAGCUUAUAUGCCGCUCUAUGCGGCAGAGUCAGCAGCGCAUCGAUGCUCUUAAAAAAAGCAUGGAGGAGGCUGCAGAGAGUGCACAACUUCUAAAAAAAGAUCUACACGAGUUAAAAAAUAAAUAUAAAGUCCUCAAGACAGAAGAUCUAUGCGUCCUUUGCAGACAACUACUUAUUAUUCGGCAAUUUUUCCUUUUUUCUUGUGGCCAUUAUUUUCAUGUGGAUUGCUUGGCUAAAAAGUAUACAAACCAUUUGACAGAGGCACAAAUGCAACACGUUGAAAUUCUACUUGCAAGGCUAACGGUUAGAAACCUUGGUCCACGUGGCGAAGAAAUGAACGGCGGCGCAAUUUUCCCCGAGAAAAGCAUACACCGUCUUAAAGAGGAUAUCUGUGGCUUAAUAGCUCAAAGUUGUCUCCUAUGUGGAGAACUUGCCGUGCAAUCUAUAGACGAACCACUUAUUCCACCACAGGACCUACCAGAUUUAAUAAAAAAAUGGGGACUCUAA